CUGUCUGCUGUGCGGGUGCAGUUCAUUAAUGGAGUCUCUGAUUCUGUGCUGAACCAGCUGCUGGAUAAACUCCUUCAGCACGGUGCUAUGAUUAAUGAGGUGAUGCAGACAGCAAAGACGAAGCCCAGAGCAGAGAAAGCUCCAGAUGUGAUUGAUACUGUGAUGAGGAAGGGACAUGAAAGCAGCAAAACUCUGAUAGAGGCUCUCAGGGAGGUUGACCUUUGCCUUUCCAGAGAGCUGAAGCUGUGGUUUAGUGGCUGGACGAAGAAAUCCUCCAGAGACAAAAGCUGUCCCAGACGGGAAUCUUCAUAG